GCACUAGUAACCCUUACAGGCAUUCAGGUUUUCUUUGACAUUCUCAUACCAAACGGAGAGACUCCAGAUAAAUGUGAAGAAAAAGUGAGCGAAAUUCUCUCUGGCACUGUGAAGUCAUUUAAAAUGGAGCACAUUAAAGCUUUCCCUUUUCGGGGUGAUCAUACAGAAAAAAAGUCAUAUUUACGAAUUUAUACGAAUGGUACUGGAGAGAGAAAAAAAGCCAUCCAAACUAUCCAAGAAAAUAAUUUCGAAACUGCAUCAAAUGACAUGUGGUCAUUUCAUCGUAAGGAUAUAGAGACACAAUCACGAAAGCUGGGUGAAUUUGCUGAAGUCCUUGAUCUGAAUAAUAAUGUUUUUACGAUUGGCAUGACACUGCAUUGGAAAGAUGAUCCAAAAUCACUAAAGCAAAUAUGUCUUAUCGACGUUGAGACAGAACCAGAUCCACGAUGCAUCACGAUCAUAUGUGGAAACCAAGAAAAUCUACUGAAAGCGUUGCCCUCUGCUGGCGAGCAUUUGCCCCUGACAUCGUAG